AUGGCGCGCCGCUCCGUCGUGUCGCGCACGGUCGCGCUCGCGUCCCUGCUCGCCGCCGCCGGCGCGUCGGGCUGCGCCCGCCCGGCGACGUUCGGCGCCCACGUGCUCUACAACGCGACCUUCGUCCACGGCGCCCACGGCGAGGCGCGGCACCUGCCGCCCUUCACGCUGCUCCACGCCGUCGCCGGCGGCGACGCCAUCGGCGCGCGGCUCGCCGGCGCCUGCGUCGGCGAUGUCGUCGCGUGGUCCGGCGGCGACGAGGCCGUCCCCGAGCCCUUCCGCCACAUGUCCCACUGGUCCGGCGCGAAAGUCGAGGCGACGGUCGCGGCGGUGACGUCCGCGGAGGACUACGAGCUCAUCGCGCUGCUCAAGAACCGGAGCUACGACCUCGCGUCGAAGAUGAUCAACGAGGACCGCGUGGGCACGAACGCCGUCGACGAGCACGGCGCGUCCGCGCUCGUCAUCGCCGUGCAGACUCGCCAGAAGGUGCUCGCCGCGUCGCUCCUCAACGCGUACAACCCGAGCGUCGACGUCGACUUCGCGACGCCCAGCGGCUACACGGCGCUCCACUUCGCCGUCGGCGCCGGCGACCGCGCCGUCGCCAAGGCGCUCCUCCGGCGCGGCGCGAACCCGAACGCGCGCAUCGCGCAGCCGGACAGCGGCGGCUGGGGGCCGCUCCACUUCGCCUGCCGCUUCGGCAACCUGGACCUCGCCCAGGAUUUGCUGGAUUUCGACGCGGACCCCAUGCUCCUGGGCCACGCGGGCGAGUCCGCGUUCCAGGUCGCGGAGGACGCGGCCGUGGACUACACGACGCGCAAGAAGCUCGCGGCCAUGCUCAACGCCGCCCUCGACAAGCGGGCGCCCGAGGCCCUCGGCGGCGAGCUCUGA